GAGCGGGGUGCGAAGAUGGCGGACGAGGAGGCCGAGCAGGAGAACGGCAGCCGAGGCGCGGACCUCCCGGAGCUGCGGCGCCUGCGGGAGCGGCUGGUGGAGCUGGAGACGGGGCUGCGGGAGAGCCCUGAGCCGGCCGUGCAGGCGGCGACCGAGUACUGCAAGCAGCUCUGCCAGACUUUGCUGGAAUAUGCAGGAAAAGUGGAAAACAUCAGAAGACCCUCUGCCCCUCUUAGAGGUGUAUACAGUGGCUAUCCGAAGUUAUGUUAAAGCACGACCUUAUCUUACCUCUGAGUGUGAAAAUGUAGCCUUUGUGCUUGAACGUUUAGCACUAAGCUGUAUUGAACUUCUACUGUGUCUGCCUCUUGAUUUUACCAAAAAUAAAUGGGAAGAAUUUCAGGCUUUUGUGCAGGUGGCCCAUCAAAACUUGAUGGAACAUGGCAGCCGGGAACUGCAUAUUUUAACUACACUUACACAAGAGAAGGGAGUAUGGAAGAACCCAGUGUUGUGUGGCAUUCUUUCCCAGGAACAGUUGGAUCCAGAUACAGUGAAUGAAUUUUUAGUGUUUGAAGGCCCCGUCCUGCUGGAUAUGCGUAUUAAGCACCUAAUGAAAACAAAGCAAUUAACGCAAGCUACUGCCCUGGCAAAGCUGUGCUCUGACCAUCCAGAAAUCAGUGCAAAAGGCAAUUUCAAGCAAACCUACCUGGUCUGCCUUUGUUCAGGAUCACCAAAUGAAAAGCUAAUGGAAGAAAUUGCUGAAGUAGAUUGCAAAGAUGCUCUAGAAAUGAUCUGUAACCUAGAAUCUGAUGGAGAUGAAAAAAGCGCUCUAAUUUUAUGCGCAGCAUUUUUAUCCCGCCAGCUGCAGCAAGGAGAAAUGUACUGUGCUUGGGAGCUGACUCUUUUCUGGAGUAAACUGCAGCAAAGAGUAGAGCCUUCUAUUCAAGUGUAUCUAGAGAGAUGUCGUCAACUUUCUGUGUUAACUAAGACUGUUUAUCACAUUUUCUUCCUGAUUAAAGUAAUUAAUUCAGAGAUCGAUGGUGCUGGACUUGCAACCUGCAUUGAACUAUGUGUGAAAGCACUGCGCUUGGAAUCCAGUGAAAAUGCAGAUGUCAAGAUAUCUAUUUGCAAGACUAUCUCCUGCUUGCUUCCAGAUGAUUUGGAGGUUAAACGUGCUUGUCAGCUGAGUGAAUUUCUUCUCGAACCCACUGUGGAUGCAUAUUACGCUGUUGAAAUGCUGUAUAAUCAGCCUGACCAGAAGUACGAUGAAGAGAAUCUUCCAAUACCAAAUUCCUUACGCUGUGAGCUCUUACUUGUGCUGAAAACUCAGUGGCCUUUUGAUCCAGAAUUCUGGGACUGGAAAACUCUCAAGCGUCAGUGUCUGGCACUUAUGGGAGAGGAGGCAUCCAUUGUGUCAUCAAUAGAUGAACUAAAUGACAGUGAAGUAUAUGAAAAGGUUGAGGAUUGCCAAGAAGAGUCUAAAGAGACUUCUGUGAAUGGGCUUGCUGGUACUUUCGAUGAAGCUACAAGUCUUCUUAAGGAUAUCAGAGAUGAAAAACAGAAAAAGAGAGAAAUUAAAAAACUCAGAGAGAGGGGGUUCAUAUCAGCUAGAUUUAGGAACUGGCAAGCUUACAUGCAGUAUUGUGUGUUAUGCGACAAAGAAUUCCUAGGUCAUAGAAUAGUUAGGCAUGCACAAAAACAUUAUAAAGAUGGAAUUUACAGUUGCCCUAUUUGUGCCCAAAAUUUUAAUUCUAAAGAAAACUUUGUUCCCCAUGUAACUUUGCAUGUUAAAAAAUCCAGCAAAGAGAGACUGGCUGCUAUGAAACCACUGAGAAGACUGGGGAGACCUCCCAAAAUAGUAACUGCCAAUGAGAAUCAGAAAACUGAUUCUGUAUCCAAACAGGAGCAGCGACCCAUUAAGAAGAACAGUCUCUAUUCAACAGACUUCAUUGUGUUUAAUGAUAAUGAUGGCUCAGAUGAUGAAAAUGAUGACAAAGAUAAACCUUACAUACCAGAGAUUGUGCCAGUUCAAAAGCCACUCCCUGUUAAUGAAUUCACCUGCCCUGUAACAUUUUGUAAAAAAGGCUUUAAAUAUUUUAAAAAUCUAAUAGCGCACGCGAAGGGGCAUAAAGAUAAUGAAGAAGCUAAACGUUUUCUUGAAAUGCAAAGCAAAAAAGUGAUUUGCCAGUACUGUAGACGACAUUUCGUAAGUGUUACUCACCUGAAUGAUCAUUUACAAAUGCACUGUGGCAGCAAGCCUUAUAUCUGCAUACAGAUGAAGUGUAAGGCUGGUUUUAAUAGCUACGCCGAGCUGCUGACACAUAGGAAAGAGCAUCAAGUCUUCAGAGCAAAGUGUAUGUUUCCUAAAUGUGGCAGGGUGUUUUCUGAAGCCUAUUUACUCUAUGAUCACGAAGCACAACACUAUAAUACCUAUACCUGCAAAGUGACAGGCUGCGGAAAGGUAUACCGUUGUCAGAAUGAACUGGAAAAGCACGUUGAGGAUCACAGCAAGCAGCCUGAAAAAGUGCAAGAGCCUGAUAGCCAGACUAAUCAGCCUGAUCUUACUCAACCUUCUGAAGCUAAUGAAAAUACUGAUGGAGUUUCUGUUAAAGAGGAAUUGGCAUCUCCUCAGGCUGACAACCAAAGUAGUUUUACUGAAGGAGAAAACAUUGUCUGGAAUCAAAUCAAAGCAGAACCAGUAGGGAAUGAAAAUGUAAAUGCUCCAGAGAAUAUACUACGGCAGAGUGAUUCCUUGCCUAGUGCUGGUUCCGAGCAAUCUCCUGCAGGUUCAGUGAAGACAGAAGCGGCAAUUCCAGCAAGCAGCAUUAAGAUGUCUGCUGUUAACCAGAAGAUCCGAGAGAGCUUUCUAAAAAGAGGUAAAUUGGCUGCUACUGCCAGUAAAGUAGAUCCCGCUAAACCUGGAGCCCAGCAGUUGUGCUUAUCGGUUGAUUCUUGUCUUCCAGCUUUCCAAGAGAGAAAGGAAGACUGUCUCAGUCAGACUCAGAAUAUUCAAAGUAUUUCUGUGACCUCAGAUACACUAAAACCAGAAGCCCUUGAAUCAAAAAGCUUAGAAAGGCAAGUGAGUAUUGUAACUCCAUUCAGCGUGCAGAAUCAGGCAGGAUACCGAAACAGCGUACCCAUUUCCAAACUUGAAAUUGAAGACAGUAUUAAAGCUGCGACUAAUCUGUAUAACCUGCCUUUAAAGACUUUAGAAAGUAUUACAUUUAUUCCUUCGCAGCCCAACGUCAAUAACUCUUUAGUCCCAGCUGUGCCACCAGCAGCCCCAGUUCAGAAAUUUAAUUGUCAGGUUGAAGGGUGUACUCGAACGUACAACUCGUCACAGAGCAUUGGCAAACACAUGAAGGCAGCGCACCCUGACCAAUACGCUGCUUUUAAAAUGCAGCGUAAAAAUAAGAAACCACGAAAAUCCAGCAAUCCAAACGUGCCGAAUGAUGGGACGAUUGUCUAUCUUAUGCCAUCGCAAGUGAGCAAUCCUAGCGGUGCUGCUUUUACUGCACAGAACAAACCUAAUUUGAAUCCCACCUCUUCCAGUCAAGUGCAACAUGUCUCAAGUACACUUUUUCCAACCCACUUAGAAAAUCUGGCCAAUCCUAUGUUGCCAAUAGUGGAAAGUGUCAUAAAUCCAAGUUUGUCUACUCGUAUUAAAAGUGAGCCUGAGAGUGUUUUAUGUUCACAAAUGGAAAAUCUGUCUGGUACAACCUUACCUUCCCAGUUGGAUGAUCUAGCAAAAACAGUUAUGCCACUGAAUAUUGAUGGCAAUUCAGAUCCUUUUCUUCCUUUGCCUGCAGAAAAUGGUCCAAUGUCUCUCUUUCCUUCGUCAGCAGAGAAUCCUCCAAGUUCAGUUUUCUCACAAGUGGAAAAUAACACAAAUAACUUUUCAUCACAGCUAGAAGGAAACACUAGUUCUGCUUUCCCAAAAGAGGAAACUGUUGAUCAAAUAUUUCCCUCGCGAUUGGGUAAUGAAAAUAACGUCAAUGAAACAAAUUCUCAACAUGCAGCUACAGAAAAGGUGAAAAAAGAUCGUGGCCAGGGCACGAACGGGAAAGAAAGGAAGCCAAAACAUAAUAAACGGGCAAAGUGGCCAGCAAUAAUUAGGGAUGGCAAAUUCAUCUGUAGCAGGUGUUUCAGAGUUUUCACUAAUCCUAGAUCACUUGGGGGUCACUUAUCUAAGAGGUCUUAUUGUAAGCCUCUUGAAGGAUCAGAAAUUUCUGCAGAAGCUCUGCAGGCUAAUGGACAGUCUUUGCUUGCCAGUAUGAUUCUUUCCUCAAAUUCAUUAAAUUUGCAGCAACCCCAGGAAUCUGCCUUCAAUCCAGAAACAUGUUUUAAAGACCCAUCAUUCCUCCAGUUACUUGCAGCUGAAAAUCGUUCUGCAGCCUUAUUGCAGACAGUGUUUCCACGGAUCAAUGUGACUAACUUUAAUACCAGUGGGAAUGAUGAAGGAAAUCAAAUUAUAAAACAGGCCUUGGAAACUGCCGGCAUCCCAAGUACCUUUGAUAACACAGAAGUACUUCCACACAUAGUUACAACAAGUUGUGUCACUGGUACAACUCCAAUAAAUGCAGCUGUUCUCCCCAACUCAACUGCGUCCCCUCUGCUGCAGGCAGUUUGUAACCCCAGUGCCCUCCUCACAGACCAAAACAGGACCCUUAAUGCCAAAAUUCCUCCAAUGAACGAAUGCAAGAGUUUGCCUGUUUUUGCAACAGAGGACUUAAUGCUAAAGACUGUUGAAAAUGGCUUAUGUUCUAGCUCGUUUCCUAGUAGUGUUGCAGCAGUGCAAAACUUCGCAGGGAACAGUUCACGAGUGUCAGUUAUAAGUAGCCCAAAUAAUUCAGGAUCAAGCAAUUUGAGUAAGAAGGGAACUAGUGCUUCAAAGAGGAAGAGAAAAGCAACUACACCCUUGCUUGUGCCCAAUACAUCACAGAAAGUAGCGGUAAAUAGUGCAACAGUGGUGGGACUUCUAACCAAAAGCACUGAAGGAAACAUGCAAAUACAGGGACACAGUUUUCAGUCCAACUUGCUGGCAAAUUGUGGCUCUCAGGCAGCUGUGGAAAAUCUCACGCAGAAGCUCAAUAAUGUUGACAAUCAGUUAUUAGUGGCCAGUAUGAAAGAGAACUUCAAAACAACUCUUGAGUGUCAUACAACUUUACCCCCUUUAACGGUAAAAACUGAAAAUGGGGAUUCCCAAAUGAUAACUGUAAAUUCUUGUGUGCAGGCAAAUUCGGAAGACCAGCUGUCACAGGACAAUGUUAUGCAGAACCUAGAAAAAACCCUGGAAAUAAUUAAAACUGCUAUGAAUUCACAAAUGCUUGAGGUGAAAACUGAAGUUCAGGAUACUGUUGCAGCUCCAGGACAGAACUUGCAAGUAAAUAAUGCACAGGCUUCUUUGGGAAAUUCUGCACAUAGUGUGCAACUCCCCACUCCUGCACAGUUUGCUGUGCACGCAGGGAAUGCCGCUGCUGCAAAGAGCAGCUCUGCUCAGUCUGAGACGUCUCCAAAGGAUGAUACUCAAAUAAUGGAAAUUUUGGAGCGCUUGCAGAAACUGAAACUCGAAGAUGAUCCACUCAUUCAGGUCUCUGAGACUGUUGCCCAGUGUCCUCCAGCAGAUACGCUAGCACCAACAAUUCCUUUUGUGUUAACUGAAAAUAAACCCCAAGUCCAGAUAUCUUCAGAGGCAAAUAACAUUCAGUUUAGUGAUAAAGUUAAUAAGCCUUUUGUAUGUCAGGAUCCAGGCUGUACUUACAGUGCUAUGACAAAAGAUGCAUUAUUUAAACACUAUGGCAAGGUUCAUCAGUACAGUGCAGAAAUGAUACUAGAAAUUAAGAAACAUCAACUGAAAUACGCCCCGUUCAAGUGUGUUGUACCUACCUGUCCAAAAACUUUCACAAGAAACUCUAAUCUCCGAGCACACUGUCAGCUUGUACAUCAUUUUACGACAGAGGAGAUGGUAAAAUUAAAAAUUAAAAGGCCUUAUGGCAGAAGAUCUCAAAAUGAAACUGUAAACACAGCCCCGCAACCUGUUGAAAUAAAACCUUUGCAGACACUAAUAAUAGAAAACAAAACUGUAACUCCAUUGGUCAAAGAAACUCAGAUAAAAGAAGUUGUACAGCCUGUAAUAGUCUUGGAAAAACUUCUACCAGAAAAUAAUAUUCCUGAAAGACUGGAAAAACCUCCCCAAGUGGUUUCUGUCCCACUAGAGCAGCACAACGCAGCCUCUUUCGGUAGUACACAGGCACAACCCAAAGUGCGCAAGGUUAGAAGAUACAAGAAGGAAAAAGAAGAGAGAAAACGUAGGAAGCCUGUAGCAAAAUCUCUGGAGUUUCCCACUAGAUACAGCCCUUACAGGCCAUACCGGUGCGUUCAUCAGGGCUGCUUUGCGGCUUUUACAAUACAACAAAACCUAAUUCUUCAUUACCAAGCUGUGCACAAAUCAGACCUUCCUGCCUUCUCUGCCGAAGUGGAGGAGGAGAAUGAUCCAGGCAAAGAGGAACGCAGUGAGGUGGAAACCAAACCUGCUGUCAGAGAGUUCAGGUGUGAGGUGAAUGACUGCUCUCGCAUCUUCCAGGAAGUUACCAGCUUGAUUCAACAUUAUAUGAAACUUCAUGACAUGACCGCAGAACAAAUUGGAAACAUGAAGUUGGCUCCAGAGGUGGGAAGGUUUUCUUGUGAUCAAUCUCAAUGUAAGUCUUCAUUUACAGCGUAUCUUAACUACAUUGUGCAUCUUGAGGGAGAUCACGGUGUUAAGAUAAGGCCAAACAAAGUAGAAGAUGACGGCGUAUUCAAGUGUGACUGUGAAGGCUGUGACCGUAUUUAUGCUACUAGGUCUAACCUCUUGAGGCAUAUUUUUAACAAACACAAUGACAGGCACAAAGAUCAUCUAAUAAGACCCAGGAGGCUGACACCAGGUCAGGAAAACAUUUCAAGCAAAGCAAAUCAGGAGAAACCACUGAAGUCCAAACAGAGAGGACUGAAAAAUAGAUCAGGAAAAGAAGGUAACAAGCUGUCGGAAAAAACAAAACAGAAGAAAAGCGUGAACUUGGAAAACAAAAACUCAAAAGGAAUACAAGUUCAAGAAAAUAAGGCUUAUUCACUGAAACGUGGCAAGCACGUGUAUUCAAUAAAGGCUAAAAAUGAUGCCUUAUCGGAAUGUACGAGCAGGUUCAUAACUCAGUAUCCAUGUAUGAUAAAGGGAUGUUCAUCCGUAGUUACAAGUGAAAGUAACAUAAUAAGGCAUUAUAAAUGUCACAAGCUGUCCAAAGCAUUUACUUCCCAGCACAGAAAUCUUCUUAUUGUAUCAAAAGAUCUCUCUGUCUCACAAGAGAAGGAAGCCUCUUGUGAGCACGAGGAGGCUGAUAAGAAAAGUGAUGUGAAAGAGCCUGAACCAGCUGUGAUAGCAAGCAAUAAUGAUUCAAAUGCAUCUACAUUACCGCAAAAGGAAACUGAAAAAAGUGAGAAGGAUGAAGUGGACGAACUGACAGAACUAUUCAUUACUAAACUGAUUAAUGAGGACUGUUCGAGUGCUGAAAAUCAAGCAAAAAUCUCUUCCAGUGUAAAUAGUGACUUGCAGGAGACUGGCUCCUGCCUCUCAGAAAAGCAAAAAUCAAACAACUUAAAAAGAGCAAACAAAGAAAAAAACGUAUCUCAGAAUAAGAGGAGGAAAGCCGAAAAAACAGAGGAAGUCCCGCCUGCUGAUGUGAGUAGUGUGCAAAGGGAGGAAGAGACUGCUGUCGCCAUUCAAACGGCCGAGGAGCAACCUGCGGCUUUUGACUGGAGCUCGUUUAAGCCGAUGGGUUUUGAAGUGUCAUUUCUCAAGUUCCUUGAAGAGUCUGCUGUGAAGCAAAAGAAAAACACUGAAAGAGACCACCAUAGCGGUGGAACCAAAAAAGGAUCCCAUUCGAACUCGCGAAAAUCCAACGAGAAGACCUCUGUAGCAAGUAGUAACGUCACUGGGUCAUGUUCAGAAACUGAAACCCUCGUACCGUUUGCCAACCCGUCACAGCUUCCGUGUGGUGAUAACGUAAAGAUAGUUUUAGACAAGACUCUUAAAGACUGCACUGAGCGUGUGUUAAAGCAACUUCAGGAAACGAAACCUACCAUCAGUUUGAGAAAACUUGAAGGACGUUGGGAGGAUAAUCCAGAGGUUACGGCUGCAAAAGUGAUUGUUAUGAGUCCCGAGGAAAGGGAGUCAAAAUAAGUCAAAAUACUGAAAACCUAAUGUUUUUAACCAUUGACCUGUGAUUAAAGUUUAUUUUGAAUGGAAGCCAUCAAGCAUGAUGUUGAGCUCAUUUAUUUUGAAGUGGUUUAAUCUAGCAAAAAACAUGACAUGAGUCAUGUUAAUUUCUUAGUUGUUUUUAUCCCUAUGGGACUUGAAGAACAGAGUAAUUGCUUCAGUUUUGUAAAUACUCGAUCAAAACCUCAACUUUCUAUCAGAUUGUCCUUUCCAUGAACUAAAUCUUUGUGAGUUGUCUGUGAUUGGUAUCUUUCACCAGGUCACUGCUCAUGUACUCUUUUAUUUGUAGAUACAUUUUUUUGUAUAUAUUUAUUAUUGUAAAUCAUUUGCUGCCACCAGCAGUCUGUAAGUCUAAACUAUUAAAUGACACAUUUAUAUUCAGAAUUUUAAUUUGUAACUAAGUUAGCAGGUUUUUAAAACUGUUCUUUAGUCAUUUUAAAUUAAGAACUUUUGAACUAAAACUAGCUAAGUCUGCCAUAUCCAGUUUAUUUUGCCUAAAGCUUUUAUUUACAGGAAAGGAGCUGGAUAAGAUCACAUUUCAUAGGCUAAAUGUACUGACACACUCAUUUUUGUAAAUUUAACAUCCAGUACCUAUGGAUGAUACUCACAUGUAGUUAACUCAUAAAUACAAUAGUUUUCUUAUAGCUACAUUUUUCAUUGCUUUUAAUUGGAUACAAAGCAUUUAUGAUUCCAUAAUAAAAAUGGAAAUGUGAAUAAAAAUAGUUUGCUACAUUGGAGAUUUAAAACAAUAUUUGGUAUUAAAGAAUCCGUUGUGAAUGUGAUAGAAAAUUAGUAGUGUGGAGCAGUGUAUAUAUUUGAGGUGGUGAUUUGUGAAGUAGCCCAGUAUUGCCUUAAAUAAAAUCACAUUUCAUUUCUUGUUUUAUACAUGUGAUCUUAUAAAGGUUAUUUUUGUUUCUGUAACUUAGAUUGGUGUAUAGUUUAAUUUUUGUUAAAAAAAACCACAAAAAACCUUCAGAAACCGUUUUUGUAAAUAGUGGGUUUAUAAAACAGAUGGUUUAUUUUGAUAAUACCGGUUUGGUAUCUAUCUAUAAAAUACGUGAGUCCUUAUGCCAUACCAUUAAAAACUGAAUAAACAAGGCACUUUCUGAAAGGGAAGUGAGAUUGUGAUCUUACAGACAAACUUGGUGGUUGUGCUCUAUUGAUGGCAGAGGCUCCUCCGCUCUCCUGCCUCUUGCUGACUGUACCUGGCAGCGCUCUCGCCACCUCUCUUUUCCACACUGGAACGACCCUCGGAAGCGGUGCCGUUGGCGAUGCCCGGGAUCGGAGCGAUUUCUCUCUCUGCUGCUAACUGAAAUGACAGGUGUUCAGUUUGUUGAGUAACCAAAAGCGUGAAUGUGUUGGUGGGAGCUGUCAGCGCCCAGGAACCUACAGUAUUGGUUUUUGUGCGUGGUUAUGCUUAACUCGGAUGGGAUGAACCAGCUGGAUUGUAUGGUACCAAAAAUUGUUCUUGGAUUAUUCCCAUUACUGGAUGUGACCUGCCUUUCGUAAUAUAAAAUAGUCAUUUUCUUGGGAGAGAUUGGCUUCAACUUUUUUUCUAUAAACUUGUCUUGCCAUGUAAAGCUUUGCAUUAAAUGCUAUGCGUGAUUGCUCUUAAGCUACUCCCCUGGAAUCCCUGACAGUUUAUUUUAGUGUCGGUGCGAGGGCACAUUCCUACAACCAAAUGAAGUAACUUGUGAGAGCGAGGAUUACGUGUGAAGAAGUGGAAAGGCAGCAGCGUUUCAGCUUGGGUGCAACCCUUGGGUUGCUGUCUGGUGCUCCAUCGCUUACCUUCUCAGAAAGCCUGUGCUUCCAUUUGGGUGGAGCCCACUCGCUCCUUUCACUUUUGAUUCCUCCAGAGUGACUAAACCGAUCAUUCUGCCAAGAUAGUAGUUCAAAGGUGUGGUCUGAGAAUUAGGAACGCAAGGAUUUGGUUUGAGGUUUAAGUCUAGGAGAGCUUGUUAAAAGCACGUGAUGCCAUGUGUUACCCACCAAAGGCCAUACCGUCUCCCAGGGUGGAGUUGCUUUUGGUUGCCAGCUGCGGCCAUUGUAGAGAGGAUCUUCUGCAGAGGAGAAGAGGGCAGAGUUUCUCUGGAGAGGAGCCACUAAGUUCGUCUGAAAUCUCUUGGUUUCAGAUGUACCUGACCCCUGCUAGCACUGCUGACAGACCUCACAACUGUUAACUUUUAGAAGAAUUUUGUGUUGUGUAAGUUAAAUGGUUUCAGCACUGACCUUCUCAAUGACAGAUACCACAUCCACUGCAGAUUUCGGGCUGAGAACAGCACACAGCGAUCUGAGCGAGGCAGUGCUUUACUGGAACGCCCCUUUUAAAAAAAGGACGGGGAGGGGGGCAGAAUCCGGUGUCAUAAAUAUGACAGGACAUGGACCCAAACCAGAAAUUUGGGGUUUUGGAAGUUUUUAACAUUGGCUCAUUCUUACCCCAGUUAAUCCAACUACAGCGGGCACUGUUCUAACGCUGUCCGUGCCUUCCAUGGCACAUUCCCUUUUGGGUGGGUGCUGACAUUCUGUCCAACGUGUGAGCUACUACAGUAUUUUUUUUCCUUUAAAAAAAAUGUAGUAUUUGAAACUUAAAGCAAGGGACCAAAGGCAGGAUUUGUCUGUCUUCUCCCCUUUCUUUGUCCUCCCUUCUCUGUGUCUCUGUCUUCCAGACAUGUCACCUAUGAACUGUGGGGCGUUUGAGCAAAGACGCUUUCUUUUAACCCCCUUGCCACCACUGUGUGCUGACCAAAGCAGCAGUAGUUGUCACUGAUGGGGAAGCAACCAAAUGAAGGAGCCUGGCUGCAGAGUACAAACUAUUUUGUGACUUUAAACUGGCAGCCGGGCUCUCUCAUGAGUAAUGGUGUUUGUAAAGAAACCUUAUAUUGUCUGAGCCCUAAUUCAGUGGAACUGUGAGCGGUGGCUUUGUCCUCGCGUGUUUUGGGGCAGUUGCUCUCAGCAGGAUGUGGGGCAGCAUCGGUCCUAGAGCCUUCUGCUGGGAUGGGCUGUCUGUGGCUGUUGGGUAGUGCUGCUGGUAACGCUCAGAGCAGGCCUUGGUUCGGGUGAGGAAAAGCGGUCGGCUGUAUUCUUGCUAUUAGUUUCUGUGCCAAAGAAGUCAGUGUUGGGGGCUCCCGCCCACGCAGGUAGGGACACAGGUUUAGCGCCCCCCCCUAUGACUUUUCAAACCUCAUUUGUCACAAAGCAAGGAAAUUACUUGGGUUUUACAGAAAAAGAGGAUCUAUGUUAGACUUGGAUCUUUUAAUGUUUCCAGAGGUGUUUUGAAAUAUGAAUGAGGUACAUAUUUUUGUAUGAAUGUGCAUGGAGUGGCCAUGUUAUUUCUCCAUUAGAGUGUGGGCUCGGAUCAGCUUCCUACAAAUUGUUAUGUGCUUGAGGAUCCUGUACUCUUACACAUUAAGAAGGAAAAACAAAGCACUUGAACUGAAAUUGCUUUUGUCUGUUUGAGUGAAUUGGAAGUUAAAUACACAAAAAAAAAAGCCCUUAAAGCUUUAGUUUAGCUCCCGAGCCCACAAACUCAUUUGAACCAAAAAUAUAAGAGCAAACGACUUCAGGGAUGGAGAGAUGAGUGAGAAUUGAACUGGAGCACAAAGGAGCAUGAAGGCAGGGAAAGGGCUGGGGAAGGGAACAAGACAGUGAAUAAACAAAUGCUGCCCAAGAGCAAGGGUUCAGAAAGUAGGUGAAGUUUUCCUGUUCUCUCAGGUUAAGUAAAAUGUAAGGGCUGCCUUGCGUGAUGCUCCUUUCCUUUCCAUUGGUGGCUCUGUCAAACGCACUAAUUUUGCAGCACGUGAUGUAAAAGCCACUUGGCAGUUCACUGCAAGUGUGUUGGGGUUGCACAGCGUUGGUCCGUAGUAAUUUUUCCAGGUAUUUCUCGUGUAAGGUACUGCUUUGUCAAAACUGAAGUAUCCUCCAAGACUUGAAACCGAUUGACUUUGGAAUUUAUUUAUCAUUUAAUGGCUGUUGAAGAUAGAAUUAGAAAUAAAACCUUGAAUAUACAUUCCAAAGAAUUAAAAGUUCUUGUUUCACAGGAAAACUUUUGGUCUCUGACCAGCCACAGAGCUUUAAGGGAUGCUCUAAAACCCUUCAAGCCCUGACUUAAUAUACUUUCUUAGAGAGCAGCUAAUGCACAAAUUUAAUCGGAAACCUGUGUUGGCUAAACUGUGUUU